AGGAGUACAUUUUCCCACUAAUGCUUCAGAACAGGCCCUGAAGGGUGCAGUUGCUGGCAUUUGUUACAUUUAUCAGUGCAAGGUGGCGGUCAAGCGGGUGCUGUUGUUGUUGCCAAACUACCUGAAACCCAAAGUCCUUGAACAGAAUUCUGCCGAAAAUCAACAAAUCCCUUUGACUUUCUAGCUAUGCUAACAGAAAAGGACGACAGGAUUUAAACACCAUAAACGCUACCUCGAUCAAAUCAAGGGGAGAGCCUUUUCAUUUUCAAUAUUGCUGGCCAGUGGAAAAAAAGCCAUAAAAGCGAAUCAAUUUAGUGUGGUUGAAGAGCAGAACUUGGACAAGUAGAAAAAAGAAAAACAAAAAAUAAAAGACAAGAAUAGUUCAUGUUAACAUUGAAGACAACAAAGGUAGCAACAUCAUUGUCAUUGCCAACUCCAACGACUUCAAAACGAGUCUCAUCCUUUGCUUUGGAAUCUAGGGAAAAGAUGACAACAAGAGUCAUGAGUUCUGGUAAAACUGCAGCACCAGACCCUCUUGCAGAUGGCAGUAUUGGAGAAGCUGGAGGUACUCCAAAUAACCGAACAACAGAGUCAGCAAUGACAACAACAACACCAGCCACAAUUACCUCAGACCCGGGUAUUUUAUGCUUUCAUCAUUGCACUGUGAAAGUUUUCUGUUUUACAUUGCCACACAUUUGUCCACAAUGUAAAACACCAUUGGACAGACAUGGCAGUAGUGAUGGCGGCAGCGGUGGCGGUGGCGGUAACAAACGGCACAAGAAUAAGAAAAGGACUGUGACAGCAACAAAAACAAAUAAUUCCCCAGCUGCAAUCACUAAAGGACACCAUCUACUCAGCAGCAAUGGUGACGUUAAUAAUGACAAUAAUCGUGAUGAUAAUGAAGAGCAGAAUGAUCUGGAUAGUUGCCACCGCCACUCAGUUGAGGACAAUACCAAUGAAGUUCAUGUUGAUGAGCAGGACGAAGGCAGCGACGCCGAGGACGAUGAUUCAAAUGAUAAUAAUUUCGUUUGUCACAUCAUGGCCACUCGUUUGCUGCCAUUUCGUUUGCCUUAUCCAUUUGUUCGAGCCAAUCAAUAUCCUUGUGCUAUAGUUUUACGUCCCACCACAGGUGAUUUUCUCAAUGAUUAUAAUAAUACCACGGAUUUGCAUAUUGCUGUGACAACAUCUACUGGCUGUGUGGUUGAGUUUGAUCGCCAUGGCUUACGACGUCAUCGCACGGACAACAUGUCAGAUUGGUGGCAAUGUUUAUUGGUGGGCGAUGUUCCUGAGCCCUGGUAUGAUUAUUGGGAUCAAGUUUUAUAUGAGGUAUGUCAACAGCCGGAUAAGUGGACCGUAUCACAUUACCAUGAGGAUAAGCACAAUUGCUACACUUUCGUAUUGACGUUUUUGCAAGCCUUAAUGUACGAUAAGCUAAGUGAGGCGGCCACCAGCAAAACAACAUUCUGUGAAAAGUACAUAGUUCCUAGGACGACAAUAGCUGGCAAGUAUAUUUCAUUAUACCGGAAGUUGCGUGAUACCGGUAUUUAUGUGCAUCAUACGAGCCACCACAAUAAGCAUCGCAAUGUCCUAUUGCCCACCGCCGCGUCCUCAGCAACAGCAUCGGCAUCAUCAUCGUCGGUAUCCUAUGGCAACAAAACCGGAAAACAUCAACAUCAACAACACCAAAAACUGGAACAUAAUAAAUUUAACCAUUCUGGAGCAGCACCAGCAAUGAGCACUUUGGAUUCUACCCCCAAACAACAGCAGCAACGGCAUCAUCAACAAAACCUCCAUCAGCAGCAACAUCUGAAUCACAUGCAACAAAGACAGCAGCAACACCAACAACAACAACAACAACAACAAACCAGCAGCCACCAUCACAACAGUAUUAUUACACGCCCGCAUUCCACACUCUGCACCAUUGAAGAAUAAAGGCCAUGUGGCCAAAAUAAAUCCUGUGUUUCAUCCACGACUCCAAUGCCCAUAUGGAAGGAUGUUUGUGUUUGUUUGUAUGUGCAGGUACUCGUCAAACUUUGCUGCAGCUUUUGUUUUUGUUUGGCCGGAAAGCAUGUUAAACUUACAACGUACAUUCUCUCACUCACUCUUUACCUCGCCGUGUCGUCGAACAUGCAGUACUGCUCCAGUGCUUGUAAACAAUUUGAAAAUCGAAACUUUAUCAUCGUCAGCACCAUCAUCAUCGGCUGCAGCACCAACAUCCUUAUGAUCAUCAUCAUCAUCAUCCUAUUCAUGCUAUGCCCGGUAUUGCCUUUAGGAUAAGUUUAGAUAAAAAGAAGAAAACAUCAAAAAAAAGUAAAACAAUAGCCCAACUUUUGUUUUAAUUUAUUUCUUGCACUAUUUGUCUGCAAAUUGUUCCCAGUAUGUAUUGUAAGAUAAAGAACAUACAAUAUGAGGGUAAUUUGAAAAAUUUCUUAUAAAAUAACGGGUUUUUAGAGAGCACAUCUAGCCGAUUACUGGCUUAGGUGUAUGUCUAUAGUGGCAUGGGGCAGAUUACUAACUGCACCCUUGGCUUGACUGUAUAGACAUGGGCUUUAACAUA